CACGGACUGUCGUAUCCUUACUCUACGGGUCUGCCAUACGCCGCAGCUCUGCCAUACUCCGGCUACAAUCAAGGUCUAUACGGAUACUACGGCUCGAAGUACGCUCCGACCGUUGUCCAGGCCAACGUCAACACUCUGAAGACGGCUGACCAUCUGGGACUGUAUGGCGGUUACGGUCUGGGACAUGAAUACGGAUACGGAUACAACAACUACCUGCCGGUGGCCCAUGCUGCCAAAUACGUUGCUGCCAAUCCGGGAGCUGUGCAUGUGGCUCCUCUGCCGGGACAUCUCGUCAACCAGAAGUCGAUUGUGGCUUAA